AUGGUCGUGUACGUACACGACUGGAAUUUCAGUACCACUGACAGCUCCCUCUCCAGCUCCAGCAUCAAUACAGACAAAGCGCUUUGGGGCUCCACGGUGCCCCACAGCCCCGGUGGGCUGAGCCGGACCGGCCAUACGGUGGUGGCAGUAUGCCUCGGCUUUAUUUUAGUGGCAGGAAUCCUCAGCAACUUUCUCAUUCUGCUCAUUUUCGCAAAGUUUCGGUCCCUCUGGACGCCCAUCAAUCUCAUCCUGUUGAACAUCAGCCUAAGUGACAUUCUCGUGUGCGUUUUCGGGACACCGUUCAGUUUUGCUGCCAGCCUGCACGGGAGGUGGCUAAUUGGAGAGUACGGCUGUAAGUGGUAUGGAUUUGCCAAUUCCCUCUUUGGGAUUGUGUCCCUUGUGUCCUUGUCUCUUCUAUCGUAUGAGCGCUACACCACCGUUCUCCAUUCCUCUCAGGUUGAUGUCUCAGACUUCAGAAAGGCCUGGCUGUUUGUUGGAGGCUCUUGGUUCUACUCUCUCUUUUGGACAUUGCCUCCCCUCCUCGGUUGGAGCAGCUAUGGACCAGAGGGUCCUGGUACCACUUGCUCCGUCCAGUGGCACCUCCGCUCACCCUCCAGCAUCUUGUAUGUGUUGUGUCUCUUCAUCUUCUGUCUGCUGCUGCCCCUUCUGCUCAUGCUAUAUUCUUAUGGAAGAAUCCUGAUGGCCAUUAGGAGGGUGGGAAAGAUCAAUCUUCUGGCAGCUCAGCGCAGAGAACGCCACAUUUCGCUGAUGGUUUUCUCUAUGGUGUCCUGCUACAUGCUGUGCUGGAUGCCCUAUGGCAUCGUGGCACUGAUGGCCACCUUUGGUGGGUCGGGGCAGGUGACUCCCAUCACUAGUGUGAUUCCUUCCAUCCUGGCCAAGUUCAGCACUGUUGUCAACCCUGUUAUCUAUGUUUUCUUCAACAAACAGUUUUAUAGAUGUGUUUUGGCCUUCAUGAAGUGCAAAGGAGAACCUGAGAUUGUACAAGGAGAAGAGCACCGAACUCCGAGGACACAGUUGUCAGAAUAUUUCCAUGUCCAUAGGAAAGCUUCCCUCAGCUCCCCACAAGUCCAGAUCCCCAGCGGCCCCAGAAACACUGUGCUCUGCAGCCGACAUGUAGUUUAUGUUCACUACACUCCAUAA